GCGCGCAGGGCAUUGUGGGAGAAUCCGCAGCAGCGGGACCGGCGGGAGGGAGUGAGGGGCGCGCCCGGACACUAUCAGCGGCUCCUCCCCCUACCGACUGCCCCGGGGAGCAUGAACCCCAGCCGGGAACCGCGGUCAAUGUUUCUAUUAGAUCUGGAGCGGGGCGCAUCCUUUCGGGGUGGCCCAUGCAGUGCUUAGCGGCUGUCAUCAAGGACGACGGAAACAUGAGCGGAGGGGCGGAGCAGGUGGACAUCCUGCCAGUCAGCUAUGUCGUCAAGGACCGAUGGAAGGUGCUGAAGAAGAUCGGUGGGGGAGGAUUUGGGGAAAUCUAUGAGGCCAUGGAUCUGCUGACACGGGAAAAUGUUGCACUGAAAGUGGAAUCUGCGCAGCAACCGAAGCAAGUGCUGAAAAUGGAGGUGGCGGUGCUGAAAAAACUGCAAGGGAAGGACCAUGUCUGCAGGUUCAUCGGCUGUGGGAGGAAUGAGAAGUUUAAUUACGUGGUCAUGCAGCUUCAGGGAAGAAACCUGGCAGAUCUGCGCCGGAGCCAACCCCGUGGCACCUUCACCAUGAGCACCACCCUGCGCCUGGGCAAGCAGAUCCUGGAGUCCAUCGAGUCCAUUCACUCUGUUGGCUUCCUGCACCGCGACAUCAAACCGUCCAACUUCGCCAUGGGGCGGCUGCCAUCGACCUACCGCAAAUGCUACAUGCUAGACUUCGGCCUGGCGCGCCAGUACACCAACACCACGGGGGAGGUGCGGCCGCCUCGCAAUGUUGCCGGAUUCCGUGGGACUGUGAGAUACGCGUCAGUGAAUGCGCAUAAGAACAGAGAGAUGGGCCGGCACGACGACCUCUGGUCCUUAUUCUACAUGCUGGUGGAAUUUGCUGUUGGACAACUGCCCUGGAGAAAGAUAAAGGACAAGGAGCAGGUUGGCAUGAUUAAGGAGAAGUACGAUCACCGGAUGCUCCUCAAGCACAUGCCGUCUGAGUUCCACCUCUUCCUGGAGCACAUUUCCACUCUGGACUACUUCACCAAACCGGACUAUCAGAUGAUCAUGUCGGUGUUUGAGAGCAGCAUGAAGGAACGGGGGAUCACAGAGAACGAGGCCUUCGACUGGGAGAAAGGGGGAACCGAGAUCCUGCUCUCCACCAGCUCCUCCACCCCCCCCCAGCAGAACACCCGGCAGACGGCGGCCAUGUUUGGGGUGGUGAAUGUGACUCCGGUACCGGGCGAUUUAAUGCGGGAAAACACAGAGGACGUCCUGCAGGGAGAGCAUCUCAGUGACCAGGAAAAUGCCCCCCCGGUGCUUCCGUGCCGGCCGGCCGACAUCACUGGCCAAACACCCAACUUGGGCUUUAAUGACACCGAGAUUUGGGAAGAGACAGAUGUAAAUCGCAACAAGCUCAGGAUCAGCAUCAGCAAGACACAGUGCCUGAUGGAAGAGGAUCCCAGUCGGGGAGGGUGUCCCAGUUCCCCCGUACGGGCACCCCCAGAAUCCCCUACCACCCAGGCUCGUUCCCUGCGCUACAGACGGGUCAACAGCCCCGAGUCGGACCGACUCUCUACAGCCGAGAGGGCGGAGCUGCCAGAGAGAAGGUCUCGGAUGGACCUCCCUGCUUCCCCAUCCCGCCAGGCCUGUUCCUCGCAGCCGGCCCAGAUGUUGUCCAUAGACACGGGGAAUGCUGAUCGGCAGGGCAGCGGGCGCAUGGAAGUCUCCGCCUCGGUGGAACAUGAAGCUUUAAGCAACGCGUUUCGCUCGGUGCCGCUGGCGGAGGAGGAAGACUUCGAUAGCAAGGAGUGGGUGAUCAUAGAUAAAGAAACGGAGCUGAAGGACUUCCAUCCCGGGGCAGAACCCAGCACCUCCGGAACUACUGACGAAGAGCCCGAGGAGCUGAGACCCCUGGAGGAAGGGGAGGAUCGGCGGAGGCCCGGGGGGGCGGAGGCAGCUGUAAGACCAAAGGUGCACGAGGCCAGGCCACGGGCCAUGCAAACCGUAGCCGAGGAGGAGACGUCCUGUCGAAAUGAGGGGCUGGACAGCAGGCCCGACGCGACUCCUGGGAGCCCAUCCCAUUCCCAUUCUACAUCCCUAACGCGGCAGCGGAGACGAGAGUCUGAUCCGAGUGGACCUCAGAGACAGGUUCUGAGCCUGAAGCACCUGGAGAUGAACACUGUGCCCAGGGUGGUGCCUUUAAGUUUGCCUUACCAAGACUUCAAGAAGGACAUCUCUGACAGCAAGGAAAUGCUGCGGGUCCCACACCGAAUCAAGCGAGUGGACUUCUCCAGCGUGGUCCUGCCGGCGGUGUACGCUCCCGAGCCUCAUAUCAUCAUCAAUGGGAGGGUCCCACACGAGCGAGAGGAGGAGGAGGAAGAAGAGGCUGAAGAGGAGGAAGAAGAGGCAGAGUUUUUAGGAGAAGAUAUCGAUCUCCAGAGUGGGUCCAGCAGUGAGGUAAGCCAGAAGAGCACCGAGCGCAGCCAGGAAGGAGCUCCCUCCACUCUGUUGGCCGACGACCAGAAGGAUUCGAGGGGUAAAGCCUCUACGGCAGAGAAUGACUUGGAGCUGGAAGAGGGUUCAAAGACCUUAGUGCUGUUUUCUCCUGGGGACAUGAAGAGGUCUCCAGUUACCAAUGAGCUGAUGCCAGAGGUUGAUCUGGGAACUCUUGCUGUGCUGACCCCACAAGGGGAGAGGCUUCAGCCCCUGGGGAGCCAACUGGAUGUUUCAGAACCAGGAACGUUAUCCUCUGUUCUCAAAUCCGAGCCCAAACCUCAUUGCUCGGCAUCUGCUACCGCUUCCUCCCCCUUCACCAAAGUCGAACGCACGUUUGUUCAUAUUGCAGAAAAGACACACCUAAAUGUCAUGUCUUCCAACGGGCAGCUUUUGAGGCUCGAUGAACACUGCACCCCGGGGCAGUUUGAGGAGCCCAUUAUUGAAGAGGAAACAGAGGAACAGGAGCACCUGAGGGAGAAUGGAAACCUCAAUUCUGCGGUGGAAAUGGGGGAGAUGGACAGCUGUGCCGUGUCGGCAAGCCAUGGAGAUGUCUUCGCUGAGCCUCACGUAGCGCCCAGUUUGGUCAAUGCACUCAGUCUGUCCCAGUUAGAUAAAGAACCAAUCAACUUGGCUUGUAAAGAGCUUACUGAGCAGGAACAGAAAAAUAUUGUAUUUGCCACUGAUCGCCUUAAAGAAACCGAGCAAGGCCCGAUCAACAAAGCUACUGGGCCUCGCUUCCGGAGCCGAAUCCCUGUCUUCUUCUCUGAAGAAGAUACUGGGUCAGAUAGGUCCAUGUCACACUCGGCCAAAGAAAGGUUCAAAAAGAGGUCCAAACAAUUGGAUUUAGCCCGUCUGGUAAUGGAGAAGAGGCAGGUGAGGCUGCAAAGAUUGGCUUCUGCCGGCUCUUCUUCUGCCUCUUCCAGCGAUGACCGGAGGCGGACAUCAGAAACUCUUUCCACCACAGGCUCCGAGGAGGACACACACGAUUCUGAUGAUUCCGUCCCAAGGAAGGUGGGGAAGAAGAAAAUUGUUACUCCAGGAAAAGAAGAUGGAACAGUCAGAAGCAGAAUUCCCCGUCCCAUUACUCCAGUGAAAAGUAAUUACCCAGUGGUUCCACCAGUAGCAACCAGUAGCAACCUAAGAGAAUCUUUGAUGGCACAGAGGUUCAAGCCCUCAAGAUCUGUGGUUAGUGGAGGUGGGACUGAGCUCCGGCCCAAAGCCCUGAAUAUGAGGCUCCCCCCCCUGUCCAGCCCAGUACCCAGCAGAACCAACGUGAAGAGAAUCAACUGUGCUCCUCCCAAAAGUCCCGCGGCCCCGGGCCGAACACUUAGUGCUUCAUCUCGGAGUCAGUCGCUCUCCAGAACGGAAAGUCCAUCCCCAUCUCGGCAAAAAAGGCCAAUUGCCCCCCCAAAGCUCCAGCCCCGGGCACAGAGCCAGGGCGAAUGCCCAGCAACUCCAGCAUUUCCCCGCAAAGGGCAAAGACUACGAGUCCAAAUAUCAAGCCUGGCAACCAAAGGGAGGCAAGGAGCUGGGGAUGGCAGAUAAUGGGGUCCAUCAUGGGACCCGGGCGCACAUCCGACAGCAGCCAUAGGACGGACCAGGAGGGAAUAGUGCAAUGCUUUGCUCACUUUCUACAGCUUAAUACAUGCGCUUGGGGGGUCAUGGUCCCGCGACAGGAGGGCUCAGCCAAUCAGGGAAUGGGAGAGUACAUAGCUACGUCCAACACCGGGGCCUUCAGGCAGGACGAUUGGUGGAAAGAUAAU